GCCGCCUAUGAAUAUGAUCUCUGGUAAGCUCUUCGCAGAUAGUUUUGCCACUCGCCUUUAUUUUUAACAUCUCUGAAAUCACAGUUCCUUCAAAGGCACCCCAAACUACUACAAUGUCCUCGCCUGAAAUCAACUCGCGCAGCGAUCUUCCUCAGCAGAAGUGGUAUGACGUCGAACUCAAGGAUAUUCUUCCUCGUCGCGGUUUCGUCUUCAAUGAGGGUCGCGACAUUCUUGAUGACAGAAGCGACGCAAUCCUGAAGUGGGCGAUUGAAGCCGAAGUCCCCAGUCUCAAGAAGCGCGAGGUCGACGAGUUCAUCGCGGAAUUCAUGAUGGACGUCAAUGCGAUCGCCAACCACCACGUUAAACCAAACUGCAUGUACAUCGACCUCGACGGUGAAACCCGCGCCAAGCCAACGUUGGCAAUUAUCGAAGCGGCUUGUACAGAAUGGAAGUGGACCAAUCAAGUUCCGCGCCAAAUACUCGUCGACUUUCUCGAGGAACUGUGCCAAGCAAGAUCCGUCUACAACAUGCUCACGCGCAUUAAAGGAAUGCCCGAAGCCGACAAAGGCAAGCAAGGCAGACUUGCCCUCGCAAUCGAUGAAUGGAACGGCACAAGCCCGGUAGAGGACCCCGAGGACUACUACUCCCGAAUGCCGAUGCGCAAGAUCCAGAACAUCAUCGACAAGUUGCUUGAAGGAGAUUUCAAAGACUUGGGACUAUAUGGUCGAUUAGCCUUGGGUGAAGAUGAGGAGGACGACGAGGAUUCAGGAGACGCCAGCGACGAGGACGCCCCUUGGGAGCAUAAUUACGUCCGUCACUUCAGAAUGAAGGACGCACUAGGUUCGACUAGUGGCUUCACAUCUCCCUCUAUUCAUCCGCGACGCCAUCUUUUGCGAUAUUAGGAG